AAUCGCUCACCUUAGUCUAUGCGAAAGAUUAGCAGGCCAACGACGUCAAAGACGCGGGUUAGACUUGAACCUUCUCAUCCUCGACUGCGAUUUCACCAGGCUCAUGUACUACACUGAGGUCAGUUGCUCACUCGCCCACGUACCAGUCGGGUCCCAUUACUAUGUGACGAUUACUGACAGAUCCUGAAGGUCGACAAUGUCACCAACACCGCUCAACGACGCGCAUCGUGGUCAGCCAGAAGAUCUUACCGACGCCAAUAACGCGAGCCCUUUGUUGCGACUGCCUGGCGAAUUGCGCAACCGCAUAUACACACACGCUCUUCAAGCAGACGAUGGUUUGGAGUUCGACGAAGGUGUUGAUGGUCACACACCGCGCUUUCUCGGUCGUAGGCUUAGCAACCGGGACUCUCAAGGCGACUUCAACCAGCUCAAAUGGGCCUGUCGCCAAUUAUACCAGGAGACGUUAGGACUGGAGAUACAAGUCAAUCGAGUGCACUUCGUUAGCCGCGGUCAAUGUGUCGGACCAGGGAAACUCUUGGUGGAUUUCAUGCGGAACUGUGCGGCGAGUAAACGAGGAUGGUUCCGUGCCAUCGCCCUCUCGACAGCCGAUCUUGACACCAUGUGUCGUCUGGACGAAUCGCUUGAACCUAAAAAUGUCAUGAUAGCGCUGGCCGAGUUCUGUCGCCAGCAUCCUCAUGCCGACAUUCGCUACGUCGUUCCGAGCAUGGAAAACAGUGAAUGGGGCGGAGACACUACAGUACAGGGCUUAUUUCUGAGCUUGGUGGUACGCGGAGAGGACCUGCGUUCAGUGGCAACAAUUGGAACAAACCCCACACUCAAGGAAAUUGAAGAGACAAAGUGGUAUAAAGACACCGAGCGCGCCGCGAAACUUCGCGUCACAAAUCUGCGAUUUUGGCUGGCGCAACCAUCGAACCUCGAAUACUUCAAGCGGGAGGUUGAUGGGGCGGCCUGGCUCGAUUCUGAAGCAUGUCUUGAGAUAGCGACAAAGUGGAUCGACAAUGGAAUCUGAGAGUCUUUGCGGUGUGAGAAAGGCUGAGCGAGUUGGCGCUUCUCGUCUGGGGAUGCGUGGAUAGACGGUGGUGCGGAGAAUGAGAUCCCAACAAGCUUGAGACGAGGAUCGAGGCUUGGCACAC